AUGAAGAGGGUGGGUGAGCUCCAUGCUCUUUCGGUUUGCAGGGAGCAGAAGUGUGAGGGAAAUAGCUCAUUUCCUUUGGCCAUCCACUAACUGGACCAUUACUUGAGUCUCUUUCCUGUUCAAUGGGCCAACCUGCAGCCUUUAGGGGCUGCUUGCAUGUUCCUGGCCUCAAAACUUUAAGAGACAGUACCCCUGAGCACCAGCAAGCUAUGCAUCUAUGCUGACAAUGUCAUUCCAGUGUCAGAGCUCCUGCAGUGGGAACUUGUGGUGGUGGCAGGGUUAAAGUGGGACCUGGCUUCUGUGUUACCCUCUGACUUCCCGGAGCCAAUUCUUCACGGCAUACCCAUAAUCCCUCACAACCUCCAUGCCUUGCGCAGGCAUGUCCACUCCUACAUUGCACUGGCAGCCACAGAGUAUAAGUUCUCUGUGUUCCUGCCCUCCACUAUUGCCUAUGCCAGUGUGGGCACUGCCAUUCAUAGACUGAAGCUCCUGGAUGGAUCUCUAUCCAAUGAUUCACUCAUGCAGCUGCUAGAAAACAUCUUGGCCCUUGAUCUGGAAUCUCUCUGCUGCUGCUCUGACCAUUUGGAGGGUGUGCUGGAGCUCAGCCUGCCCCCCUCCCCCAGGCACCAGGGGCUUGUCGUUCAGGGAUGCCCGUCCCAGAGAUCAGCUAGAUCGCCACUGACAUCCAAGACCUACUGGGAUAGAGAUGACACCAAGCAGACAAUCACUUUAAUGGGUCUUUCUUAACAAUGACUGGGGCUUAGUUUACCAUAGUGACCAUAAUGAGAAAGGUGUCUUAACUACCCCUUACGACAAUUUUUGGCAGAGAAGUACUCACUAAAACAAUGUAUGUGAUAUGAAGAAACAUGUCUUUUAAGAUGAAUUGUGAUCUUUUUGAUAAGAUGUCCAUGUUUCUUUCUGUUGACAUUUGUUUGAGUUCUUUAUUUCAUUGCUAUUCUCUUGGUGUUUUAAGGACAUUUUAAAACGUUGAAGUUACUGUUGUUAGCUUCAGGGAAGCUCUCUGAAGAGUUACCACAGAGGGGUAUCCUUUUAACUUAAAUAUGCUCUUGGUGUUUUAAGGACAUUUUAAAACGUUGAAGUUACUGUUGUUAGCUUCAGGGAAGCUCUCUGAAGAGUUACCACAGAGGGGUAUCCUUUUUUCAUUUCAC